UAAGUAGAUCAGAGCCAUAGCUCCUGCAGCAUCAUAUCAUAUCACAAAGAGAACAAGGAAAUGACAGACGGCUAUAAAGCAAUGAAAUCUCAGAGUUUUUCUGAUCUUCCCUGAAGAGAAACUCGGACACAAGUGAAGGACUAGAGGCUGGGAUUUCUGCUUUGAGUUUGGUGUUUGGGAUAUGUACAAGUGGACUCAGGAAGAACUUCAGGACACUUCUUAGUGAAGGACAUUGAACAUUAGCUUGAUUAACCAAUAAAGGAUUCCUGCUCAUUGAAAACCUUUACAACAAGUCAAGGGAAAAGCCAGGCAGAAAGCUGACACCUACUGAAGGAACCAUGGUCGGUACCGGUGGUCCAGUGGCCACUUUCUCUGUGUGGGAUUAUGUGGUGUUCGCUUUGACCAUUUUGGUCUCAGCAGGAGUGGGGCUCUUCCAAGCCAUUCGAAGUCGUAAGGAGACCAGCAGCCAGGAGUUCUUGUUGGGUGGUAGGCAGAUGACGGCUGUGCCUGUUGCCAUGUCACUGACUGCCAGCUUCAUGUCUGGCAUCACAGUCAUUGGCACACCAGCGGAGGCUUACCUGUACGGAGCUGCCUUCUGGAUCUUCGGCUUCUCCUACGCCAUCAUGUCUGUGAUCACGGCGGAGAUUUUUGUCCCACUUUUCUACCGACUGGGCAUCACCAGCACCUAUGAGUACCUGGAGUUGCGCUUCAGUCAGCCCAUCCGGAUAAUCGGAACGUCCAUGUACAUCUCACAGACGGCCCUGUACACUGGUCUGGUCAUCUACGCUCCAGCUCUGGCUUUGAAUCAAAUCACUGGUCUGGAUCUAUGGGGUGUGCUGGUGGCCACAGGAGUCGUGUGCAUCAUCUACUGCACUCUGGGCGGUCUGAAGGCAGUUAUCUGGACCGAUGUGUUUCAGAUGGUAAUCAUGCUCUCAGGUUUUGUGGCUGUCAUAGCGAGGGGAGCUGUUCUACAGGGAGGCCUGACAAAUAUUUGGAAUGAUGCUGGUCGGGCAGGUCGCCUGGAAGCUUUUGAUUUCGACCCAGAUCCUCUAAGGCGACAUACAUUCUGGACCAUUGUGGUGGGGGGCAGUAUAAUGUGGACGUCUAUCUACGCCAUUAAUCAAUCCCAGGUUCAACGAUACAUCUCCUGCAAAACACUGGGUCAUGCUAAGACAUCCUUGUACGUGAACAUGCUUGGCCUGUGUGUGACGGUGAGUCUGGCUGUGAUGUCGGGCCUCACAAUGUACUCUGUCUACAAGAACUGUGACCCACUUUCAAACGGUGAUGUGAACACAUCUGACCAGCUGCUGCCCUACCUAGUGAUGGAUAUUCUGGCAGUUUACCCUGGAAUCCCAGGCUUGUUUGUGGCUGCUGCAUACAGUGGAACUUUGAGCACCGUGUCUUCCAGCAUCAAUGCUCUGGUUGCUGUCACUACAGAAGACUUCAUUCUUCCUUUUUGCAAAAACCUCACAAACAAACAGGUGACCUGGAUGAACAUGGGUCUGAGUGUCUUCUACGGUGGUGUGUGUAUUGGGAUGGCAGGAGUUGCCUCUGUGAUGGGAAGUGUUCUGCAGGCAGCUCUGUCUAUAUUUGGUAUGAUCAGUGGACCUCUGCUGGGUCUAUACUUAUUGGGAAUGCUUUUCCGCACACCAAAUUCAGUGGGAGGACUGCUGGGAAUGAUUGUGGGUCUAGUGUUGACUCUGUGGGUUGGGAUUGGAGGCCAGCUUUACCCUCCGACUCCUGACAAGACCAGACCACUUCCUGUCACAGUUGUGGGAUGUAACAUGAACUUUUCAACAACAGCUCCCUGGACGAGUCCACUUCCUACGACCACACUGCCUGAUGUGAGACCAGCACUGGCAGACUCCUGGUAUUCUCUGUCCUAUCUCUACUUAGCUCCUUUCGGUGCACUGAUCACCAUAGUGGUCGGUCUUCUGGUGAGCAUGAUCACAGGUGGAUGCAAACAAGAGAAAUUGAACCCUGAUCUAUUUGUAAAGAAGACGGACUUUUGCUGCUACCACUGGUUCAGUAAAUCCAAGGCAUCAGAAGCCCCAGAAAAGGACACAACGGUGUUGCACAUUCAAUCCUCCUUAGACUUUGAUGAGCAAAGCAAAGGUGUUGAAAAAGUCACCAAACUAUAAAUACACGCUUUUAAUGCAAGGUAUUUUCUGUGUAUAUAUAUAUAUAUUCGCUGGUGUGACACAUGAAUACAAACGUAUUGGAACACAAACAAUCAAAUGUACAAGAUAAUUCUUGGAUUAUGAAAUAAUUUUGAAUUACUAAAAACACAGGCUUACUGCCACAGCCUUUUAACCUUACAUGUUCUGCUGCGUCUUCCUGUACAAAGUGAUAUACAUUACUUGCCCUUGUGUUGUUCCCCCUGAUAACAGCUGACAGCUUUAUCUUCUUUACUUCACCCUAAAACACUGGAAUAUUUAUGUUGCCUGUGCACCUGACCUUUUUUUGCCUAUAUAAAUGAGUUAAAACUUAUAAUAAAUACUUUAACAAAGUUCAGCUCUGUAUUGUUUUUGCUGUAUUUACUCUUAAUUUCAUAUUUGUUGGAUUGUGGCGCCAUGGUUUUUAUCAUCUCUAGGUACAUUGAAUCAUUUUAAUAAUAACACAACAAUAAUAUAACAUGUAUAAAGGAGGCAAUAACUGUAAAAAUAACAUGUAUAAAAGAGGCAAGAACUAAAGGUGACAAAAGCAGACACAAAGAAAACCACACAAUCUUACAGUGUAGUUAAUGAGCUCCAGAGCUUAACAAAGCCCGGGCUAUAAAAACAUACAUAGUGUGACAAAGAGGGUGAGGCAGGUUUAGAGCGGGAGAGCAGGUGAGCUUUGCACCCAGUCAUGAUCUUGUCUUUCAUCUCCGUGGCAACCACACAAUAGAGGAAGUUUACAAAGCAAUGACCUGCCAACUUUAACCAGCCUUUCUGCCAGCCUCUCUGAACUCACACAAAGUGGAGAGCAAGGACAUGGAGGUGAUAAUCACGGCUGCUGAAGAAAGUGAACCAAAUUAGUUGACAUUUGUACCAACAAACUCCAGGCUCUGCGACAUGGAAAUCAUAUUUUUCCUCAUUCACUGCAUCAUGGCUGUGUCUUUAUCUAUGGCACAAACUCAAAACGUAACAACGCCAGCAAUGACACCUGCUUUAAAGUCAACACAAACAACAGGAAACGUUAUAUUAUUCAACACAACUGUUUCCAGCGGGAAUGAAAGUGGGACUACUUACACCAGCGCCAUCACCAGUGUGAGUCUAACAUCUGAGGAAACGACAGUUCACCUCCAGACGUCUCAGUCAACAGCCAUUAUGACUCAACAGAAACACAGUACUUCACUGACUACACCUGGCACACAAACACAGCCAUCUACUGUCCUGACGACCACAAGUCAGACCACAGCAGGUUACACAAGUAUUGUCACAAGUACUGCUGUAAUAUCUACUGCAAAUUCAUCUCACACUGUUAACACAACUUCAGACUCCAAGGACAGGAUCACACAUGGUUCUGGUCUCAGUGACUCAGAAAGGAAUAUGACCGUUGUCUUCACUGUUGGACUGGGAGCCUUUUUAGUGACUUUGGUCGUAAUCAUGUUACACAGAUACAAACACAGAGUCCAGUACUUUCAUCAGCCUUUAAAUGACUCUGUCAUUACAGAUGACGACACACUGGUCAUUUCUGGAGGACUUUAUGACAGCCAUCCCAUCUAUGACAACGUGCCAACAGCCCAAGAAGAGCAACCACAUUUCCGUCUGGACUUCCUUCCCUAAACAGAGACAGUGUACUACAGUUUGAGACGUCACAUACAAAAUCACACACAUAUUUUCUCCUUCUUCUCGCUCCUCUUUCAAACAUGAUAUCUCAAAUGUACAUUCACCAUCGUAAUAGCAGAAAAAAUGGAAACAUGAAAACUUAAGUGAUUUCAACAUUGUUUUACUACUAUCUAUUACUUGACAGUGAACAGCCAACAUAUCAAACCCACAGUGCAGUUACUGCAACGACAAUAAAACUCUCUGAACAUUUGUUAGGUAUUAAGCCUAUAAGCUACAAUAAAUCCACAUUUGUUUACUUACUGGAUAAACAAACUAAUUGAGGUGGUGGGAAUAAGACUCCCAAAAGAACACAACUAUGUCAUCAUACAUACAGACUUCAAUAAAUCAGUGUAACUUGUAAACAAUCCAAA